UGCCCAUCGCAUCGUGUCUGCAAACUUGAACCCGAAUCUAGCAAGUGAGUGACGUCGGAGCAUCUGUGGUGUGUACAGAGCCAUAUAUUGAAGAAGAAGAAGAAGAAGAACCUGAAUCUAAGUCGGACGUCAAUCGUGCUGAUUGUGUCGAGAAUAAGUUCAUUUGUCGACUUGCUACUCGACAAUUGUAUUUUGAACAAGGCUCCAUUAUUGCAAACUGUAACAAAGAAUCACCGGCGACUAUGGCUUCAACUAAGGUCGACUGGGGACAAUAUGCCGACGAGCAAGACAAAUUGGCAUCUAAGGUGACAACUUUAAAUUUGGAGAAACCGAAUUCUGUGAAAGAUGGGGACACCAAAAGCGACGACGGAUCGGAUGAACAAAUAUCGCUGGCGGAAAAAUCACUCCUGCAAAAGAUCAUAAGAAAAGGAUUAGUCGAGACGACGAAGGAUGUAGAGAUUCAAAGGAAGGAUCCAAAUUCUCCAUUAUAUAGUGUCAAGUCAUUUGAUGCGCUCCAUCUCAAACCUGCGUUAUUGAAAGGAGUUUACGCUAUGGGUUUUAAUGCUCCUUCAAGAAUUCAGGAAACAGCUUUGCCUACUUUGCUCGCGGAUCCCCCACAGAAUAUGAUAGCACAAUCUCAGUCUGGCACUGGUAAAACUGCUGCAUUUGUACUUGCUAUGCUGAGUCGGGUGGAUACUACAAAGGAAUAUCCACAAGUACUUUGUUUAUCACCGACUUAUGAAUUAGCAAUUCAAACUGGUGAAGUAGCAGCAAAGAUGUCACGCUAUUGUCCUGAGAUAAAAAUAAAAUAUGCUGUGAGAGGAGAAGAAAUAAGCCGAGGAUCAAAAGUCACUGAACAUAUUAUCAUAGGAACCCCAGGCAAAGUGUUGGAUUGGGGACAAAAAUUCAAAUUCUUUGAUCUCAAUAAAAUAUCGGUAUUUGUGUUAGACGAGGCUGACGUCAUGAUUGCUACACAGGGUCAUCAGGAUCAAUGUAUUCGCAUUCACAAAAUGCUACCACGGACGUGUCAAAUGAUGUUCUUCUCAGCAACAUAUGAGCCUGAGGUGAUGAACUUCGCAGAGAUUAUAGUCAGUAAUCCGCUAAUAAUACGAUUAUUGAGGGAAGAAGAGAGUUUAGAUAACAUCAAACAAUAUUACAUCAAAUGUAAAAAUGUGGAUGACAAGUACACGGCGAUCACUAACAUCUACGGCGUAAUCACAAUUGGCCAAGCUAUCAUCUUCUGUCAUACGAAGAAGACAGCCAGUUGGUUAGCGGAAAAAAUGACGAAAGACGGACAUGCAGUAGCGAUACUGUCUGGUGAUUUGACAGUGGAACAAAGAAUUUCCGUGUUAGAUAGAUUUAGAGCAGGACUCGAAAAAGUUCUCAUCACUACAAACGUUUUAGCUAGAGGCAUCGAUGUAGAACAGGUGACAAUAGUGGUGAAUUUUGACCUGCCAAUGGAUCAAAAACGACAAGCCGACUGUGAAACAUAUUUGCACAGGAUCGGACGAACUGGACGAUUUGGCAAGUCGGGCAUUGCCAUUAAUCUAAUCGACUCGCCUCAUGCCAUGCAACUCUGUAAAGAUAUAGAGAAGCAUUUUGGCAAAAAGAUACAUUACCUCGACGCGGAAGACGCGGAUGAAAUUGAGAAGAUAGGCGCUUAGGUGCUGAUCUCGUGACUGCACAUAUAUCGGACAGACUGAUCUUGUUACGUUGAGACUUCGUUAUUUUCAUUUGCUUGAAAAACAAUAUAGCGACGUUGAAACGCUUCUUCCGUUUCUAUUAUUUAUGGCACGCUUUUGGUACUAUAUAUAUAUAUAUUAUUU